AUGAGCUAUGACUCGGCAGGUGCGCGGGUUCCUGGAGCGCGAAGAGAGAAAUUGAGAGGAUACUUGAAAGCCGCCAACGAGUUACGGCAAUCAUAUCAGGAGACGCUGCAACAGAGACUGCAGGAUGACGGAGAGGGUACGCAGCGUGACUUUCCAGACACAGAAAUAGUACGACGAGGCGACGAGGAGCUCAUUCUUUUUCCCAGCUACGCACGCAGACACAUAAAACGCAAAGAUACCGACGGUCAGCGCAACCAGCCGGGUUCGUAUAGUGACGAUGCACCGCAUAGUAGCGGCGAUGCCGACUAUUGGAAGCUGGAAUGGGAGAAGUUUGAGGACGCCAACGCGGUUGUGGAUGUGGAUGUCCGAGGCUGGAUCUACUCACCUCAAAGAGGCCCUCCAUCCAGGCGCAACCGGCUGCUGAUCGCCGUUGCUCGACGACUAAGCGGCAUACCGGCGCCACCCACAUCGAGCCCAAAUACGAGCAGAUCAAGCAGUCCUCACCCUUACGAUGCCGCUAGCAGAAGCGAGGAAGCCGCGGCACAGCGUGAGGCAGAACAGAUCGCUCAACGUGGACAGAAAGAAGCAGAUGCUGCUUGGCGAGGCAGCUACAGUACCCAACAGCCCGGACAAGGUCUUCGAGGGAGCCCGAAAAGCACUAGAUCGAGCUCGCCGGUUGGCCACGCACGUAAUAGAUCUACAAAUAUACAAGAUCCAGACGUCGAGCUCAACAAGCGUGCUUCGUGGUCCAAUCAGUCAAUGAUGAGCCACGAAGAGCUACUCAAGGCCAACGAUCUGCUGAUGACCAGGUUGAAGCCGUUCAUGACGCAGCCGCUGGCCAACACAACUAUCACAGUCUUCUUCUUCAACGAAAGGAAAUCGUCUUCCAAGUCGGUUACUACCAACGACUCUGGUCAUUUCAAUGUGCGAGCUGCUCUAGACUUCAUCCCUUCGCAGGUUCGGGUUUUGGCGUCCGAGGAUUUGUCGGCAACUGAAGAAGUACAUGUGACCGAGGCGCGCGGAGUCAGCCUGAUCAGUGAUGUGGACGAUACCAUCAAGCAUUCUGCAAUCGCAAGCGGAGUCAAGGAGAUCUUCAAGAACACGUUUGUGCGUGAGCUGGAGGGACUGACCAUAAAGGGGGUCAAAGAAUGGUACGGCCGGCUCGCCGAUAUGGAUGUGAAGCUUCACUACGUGUCGAACUCACCGUGGCAGCUAUACCCCUUACUGAAAAGCUACUUUCAACUAGCAGGCCUGCCUCCGGGCUCUUUCCACCUGAAGGAGUACUCCGGCAUGCUCCAGGGAAUUUUCGAACCUGCUGCGGAGAGGAAGAAAGGGUCUCUGGACAGGAUCAUGAACGACUUUCCCGAGCGGAAGUUCAUUCUUGUCGGCGACAGCGGCGAGGCAGAUCUUGAAGUCUACACUGACGUCGUUCUUCAGCAUCCCGGCAGGGUGCUCGGCGUGUUCAUCCGAGACGUGACAACAACGGCGAGCCAUGGGUUCUUCGAUCAGAGCAAUGUUCCGCUCCCCGAUUCGGCGAGCGAAAGAUCCGUCAGAGCGAGAAACAGUGCUGCCGAUCUGUCAGACGCAAAGAAGGACCGACCUGCGCUGCCGUCGAGGCCGCAAGCGCAAGCUCAAACCGUUGAAGACCUGAUUGAUUUCUCUGACGAUACUGACAAUGCAUCGGUCAAGUCGGCUACAUCCACGAGCUCCCACAACGUAGGGUCUGUGGACCGAUCUCGGUCAAAUGGUGGUCCUCCGACACGUCCAAAUAAGCCGUCCAACCUACGCAACUUCUCAAGCCAGUCACCAGGCCCUCCCGCACCAGCAAACGAGCAAACGUCUUCGCCAACAAGCGACAAUGCCAAGAAAGCGCCUCCGCCGCCAAAACCUCGGCGCUCAUCGAGAACAGUAGCGCAAUCCGACGACACGGCAGCAGCUGGCCAAAGGCCAGCAGUUGACAGAUUCUAUUCGUACAGCACCAGUGGCGAGCUCGAGAACUCUUCGAGACCACCUACAAUAGCCAGGACACAGACCUCAUCAAGCACAAGAUCCAGCUACUCUUCCUACUCAACACGCUCAGACGAAGGCUACGUCGCAGCAGCGCAAAGGCGACUGAACAACGCCUACAACGCUCUGCCCCAAAUUCGAUCUGUGUCUCCAAAGAGGUCGGAUGGGGGACCACCAGUUCCACCCAGGCGAGGCCUGACAGCCGCUCCCGCUGCAGCUGCACGGUGGGUUACUGGGGCCAGCGGCGGAGACCCACAGGCUGGCGGCGAUGGCGGUGCUCCUGGCGCCGACUACAACAAAAAGGAGGAAAUGUGGAAGCGGCGAUGGGCACAUGCCCAGGAGAUCAUGGGGCGUCAGCGUAUUGUGCUGCGAACCUGGCGAGUGGGAAGUGAUGUCAUGGAGGAAUGUCUAAGGCUGGUUGAGCGGGAGAUGGGGGAACAGAAGGCGGACUGGAGGAGAUGA